AUGUUUAAAUUUUUAUUGCCAACCACUUUGUUAGCUACUUUUGUAUAUUGUAGUGAACCAGGUCUAAAUAAUUCCUCACAUAAAGUUCGAAUAUCUGCAGGUUUAAAUGAACCAGAUGAAGAUUAUACACAACAUUUAUAUGAUAUUAAUCAAAUUUUAGCAGAAGAAAAUCGAAAUGAUUUUGAUAAUACAAUUUCAAAAGAAGGGUAUUCUUUUAUUAUAACAGAUUGGCAUGUAUCCAUAAAUAACGGUUCUAGACCUGUUCAACGAAUGAUAUUUAAUCCGCAAAAUAAAUUUAUAUUAGCUUCAGCAAUAAGACAAUAUAAAUUGAUAACGAUGAUAAAAUUAUAUGAAUUAAAUAUAUUCAAUUAUAGAUUAAAUCGUGAAUUAAAUUACAAAGAAUCAGAUUUUGGAAGUGUAAUGAACAGAUUUGCUAAUGAAUUAAAAGAUAUAUUUUUAAAAAAAAAUCGAUUUAUAUUAAGUAGUGCACUUAGAGAAGUGUAUAGAUGUUUGCACAUAAUUACAUAUAAUUCAACUAUUCGUGUUUCGGGGUUAGUUAUUAAAAGAAAAGUAGCUAAGCAUCUACAAUAUCCAUUAAGUUUUAAAUUCGAUAUUACAUUUGGAAAGAAAAGAGAAAGUCAUAUUCAUCUCGAAAGUUAUACUUUUUAA